AGCACUGGGUGGGCUCCUCCGAGUGGGUGCUGGGUUUUGGCUGCAAGGAGCAUCCGAGGUGUUCUGUCUGCACCUUCCGCCCCCACUCAAUCCCUGCUCGGCUCUGCUUCUCCCAGCAUGUCCCGCUCUUUCGGGGAGAGCUACCGGGUGGGCAGCACCUCGGGGGUCCACGCCAUCUCUGUCUUCUGCUCCUGGGACUACAAAGUGACUCAGAAGUGGGCCUCCCGUCUCCAGCACGACAACAUCCGAACCCAGCUGAAGGAGCUGCUGGCCGUGUGGCAGCUGCGCCGGGGCCCUCGGAGCAUGUGCUGGCGACUGCGGCGCGUGGCCGUGCUGGGGCUCGUGUGGCUGCUGUGUCUGGGGACCACGCUGGGCUGCACCGUGGCCGUCUACAACUUCUCGGAACUCAUGAUCAAGAGCCCAGGGUCCACUGAGCGGGAGGGGGCGCUGCUGGCCCUGCCCCUGGUGGUCUGCCUCCUCAACCUGGGGGCCCCCUACCUGUACCGCGGCCUGGCCGCCCUGGAGCGCCAUGACUCCCCGGUGCUGGAGGUGUACGUAGCCAUCUGCAGGAACCUCAUCCUCAAGAUGGUCACCCUGGGGAUCCUUUGUUACCACUGGCUGGGCCGCAGGGUGGGCACCCUGCGGGACCAGUGCUGGGAGAACUUUGUGGGCCAGGAGCUGUACCGGCUCAUGGUGAUGGACUUCCUCUUCACGCUGCUGGACACACUUUUCGGGGAGCUGGUGUGGAGGCUCAUCUCCGAGCGGACACUGAAGAGGAGGGGGAAGCCUGAGUUCGACAUUGCUGGGAACGUCCUGGAGCUGAUUUACGGGCAGACACUAACCUGGCUCGGUGUCCUCUUCUCCCCGCUCCUCCCCGCCAUGCAGAUCAUCAAACUGCUGCUCCUCUUCUACGUCAAGAAGACCAGCCUGAUGGCCAACUGCCAGGCGCCCCGCAGGCCCUGGAAGGCUUCCCACAUGAGCACCGUCUUCAUCUCGCUGCUCUGCUUCCCGUCCUUCCUGGGCGCUGCCAUCUUCCUCUGCUACGCUGUCUGGCAGGUGAAGCCCUCGAGCAUCUGCGGCCCCUUCCGGACCCUGGACACCAUGUAUGAGGCGGGCAAGGUGUGGGUGCGCCACCUGGAGAGGGCGGGCCCCAGGGUCUCCUGGCUGCCCUGGAUCCACCGGUACCUGCUGGAAAAUACCUUUCCCAUCUACUUGGUGUCGGCCCUGCUGCUGGCCGUGAUCUACCUCAACAUCCAGGUGGUGAAGGGUCAGCGGAAGGUCAUCUGCCUCCUCAAAGAGCAGAUCAGCAACGAGGGGGAAGACAAAAUCUUCUUAAUCAACAAGCUUCAGUCUGUCUACGAGAGAAAGGAGAGGAGCAGCCCUCUGCCAGACCCUGGCAUGUCUCUCCCGAGCCUUUACCCGGGGAGGCCUGGACGCAGCUCCUGAGGAAGGACGGGCUGC